UUCAACGUAGUUACUAUUUGGCCAAGAUGCUACCACGUUUGUUGCUGCCGAUUAUUGGAAGACUAUGGUUGAUAGUUUUAAUAGUGCACCACUGCAAUGGCAAGCGAAAGUGGGACUACGAGCCGUUGUCUAUUGUAACCUACACUUCAGAUGAAAACUUGCUAAAGAUUAGCGCAAAAGUCGAUCGAAUCGGUCGUGGGGAAUACGGUAUUUCGGCGAAUAUCGACUUCAAAUACGAUCCAGACGAUACUACGAUGGUUGAGGCAGUGGCCUUUCGAAGCAGCUCGGGAGAGGAAAGCGACUAUAAGCCUAUUCCCUUAGCGAUUCCGAAACAACCCUAUAUCGAAUUUAUGAACAGUAAUUAUAAGGACGUGGUAAUUCCCAACCUGGGCGGAUGCUCUAAUCUUGUCACAUUUGAGGACAAAUUCGAGCCACCGUGGCCUCAAAAGACUUACGAGCUGGACAAGUGCGUGGCCAACAGCGAUGGCUUUCCGGACAUCGUUCCCGAGGGCUACUACAAGGUCAACUUCACCAUGACGAGUCCCGUAGAUUGGGGGUUCAUUCUCAUCGUGAAGAUCUCAACUAAACUAAUGUGAUCUCCACUUUGAUCGAUCAUAUUUCUAUUAAAUAUCAAAUAUAUAAUGUAUAUGUUGUAUAGUGUGUAGAAAGUUACUUUGCUUUCAUUUGCAAUAAAAUCAGCUUCAAAGACAUA